GCAGGAGGGAAAACAGAGAACUUAACCAUCCAUCUCCAGCAGCUCUCACAGCCCACCCUCUGCUUUGGACACCCCUCCUCUCUCUCUCUCUCUCUCUCUACUCCUUUACCCCCCCACCCACCCCUCACCCUCCCUCAAACACCUCACCUCCCCCCCAACAGAGCAGAAAGCGUGAAAAAUCUCACUAAUGGCUUUAUUUGCUGUCAGUUCUGCGCAGCUCUGUCAUUCCCCUGGACCAUUCUGCUUCACACAUUUCAUAGUUGAGUAAGCCUCCUCGGCUGUCUGGCUAGACCGAACAGUGCCCCUGCAAGGCUGUGCUGGCUGGGAUCUCAUCAAGAGGGGAGGAACGCAGCAGCACCACUCAGUCUUGAGAACUUUGUGGGGAAAGGACAUCCUGAAGCUCGGUGAGCCUCGUGAGCAUCUUCCUCCGCUGUCAGACAACUCUACCGGUCCUCAAAAGCCCUGAAAGAUUCUCCGCCAGGCCCCUUCGGUGCGGAUUUGAAGUGUGAAAAUGAGGUGCGGGGCUGGGCCUCUGGCUGUGGUGGCUGCCGUGUUUUGGACUCAGUGCAUCCUUCUGGACGGAGUGGAAGCCAGGAAGGAGAGAAAGAGGCCAAAGGAGGCUGCGCCCCAACACACAGAGGCGUUCAAUGUGACUCUAUCCAACAGCGAGGAGGUCGGCGGAGGCAUCAAGACGUCUGAUCACCAGAGAGUGGAUCCACUUGGGUCGUGGAUGGAUUUUGUCAAAAGACCUGUCGGAAACUUCCCCGGAAAGUGUCGCAAGCGCAAACGACCUCUGCCUGGACCCCCGGGUCCUCCAGGUCCCCCGGGCCCUCGGGGACCUCCUGGCUCUCCAGGGGCUGAAGUGACCCAGGAGGUUCUUUUGCAGGAGUUCAAGGAGAUGAUUAAAGAGGCUACAGAGAGGAGGGCAGCAGCAUUCGACAGGCAAACAAGCCCUAGCCAGCAACCUACGGCCCUGCUUACUCUGGAGGGAAUGGCCUCCUACCGCCAAAUACAAGAAGCUUUCCACUGCAAGCUCAAGGGACCUGUGGUGGUGGACAAGAAGACUCUGGUGGAGCUCCAGAACUUUCAGACACCGCCUGCUAAAGGAGCUUUUCUCAGAGGAAAAGGGAUGGACCUAUCAACAGGGAGGUUUACGGCCCAAAUCACUGGAAUCUACCAGUUUUCUGCAAACGUCCACAUCGAUCACAAUGAAGUCAAGAGGAGCAAAAGCCAGCUAAAAGCCAGAGACAACAUCCGCGUGUUGAUCUGCAUUGAAUCACUCUGCCACAGAUACACGUCACUUGAAAUGAUUGUUGGAUUAGAAAGCAAUAGCAGGAUAUUCACUGUCAGCGUUCAGGGUCUGCUGGAGCUACAGGUUGGCCAAUACACGUCCAUAUAUGUGGACAAUGCAGCUGGUGCUUCUAUUGAGAUUCAAAGCGGUUCGGAUUUCAUGGGCAUACUGCUUGGGGAAUAGCUUCACACCGGAGAAGGGCAUUCUCCAAGCCAUCCACUCGCGUCACGUGGUUCUUUGUAUCUCUGAACGAACUGCCUCUUAAAACCAUGACAAAAGACAGACACCACAUGGGAUUUUUUGAAGGAAAGAUGAACGGCUAAUAUUGACUUUACUGCCCAUCAGAUGGUGAGAGGACACUGUGAAGAACUUCAAGGCCGAGUUUUGUUUUUCACAAUGCACUGCCACUUCCACGGGGGACUUGGAUGCAUGCUGCCUCACAUUCAAAAUAGCCUGAACAUGAAAUGGAGAUUAUGUUUGCAUAAGUAUAUUUUUUUAUGGCUUUUUAAGAUCUUUGCAGUAAACCAAACAUUAUUCUUGUUUUAUGUUCAUUGGUGGAAAAGCUAAAGAACAUUGAAUUUCACAGUCAUCCAUUUAAUAUAUAUUGAUAUGUAUUUUUUUUUUGUCUACAGUAUUUGUCAUUUACAAACUUGUGAGAUAGUAUUUUUGGAUUUGAAUUCACGACUAUAUAUAAAUAUAUGUAUAUUAUAUGGUGCAUAGA